AGCCAAAUACACAGAGAAGGUUUGGAAGUUAACUUCAUUCACAAGUUUAAUUCUUAUGCAAAUGGUUUGAACUGGGAUAUCAGCUGGCUCGCACAUUAUCUUAAUGACUUAACCAACCAAUUAAGACUUUCUACAGGUUUGCUUUGGAGAUGGUGGUCAUGAACAGGGUGUGCAAGAUUUUCCGGCAGGGAUUGAUGGGGUUCAGAGGAUUUCAGUUCAUUGAUAUGGCUGCCCAAGAAUCCCUGACCUUUGGUAUGGAAGAAGAUAAGAAGUGUACCAAACUGUCCUUCGAUCACAAUACGUUCCAGAUCAGAAAGGAUCGCUUUCCUCUUCGGGCAAUCCAGAUAACCAAGAAGAAACCGGAAUGGAGAACUGAGAAGGAAAUAAAGUUAUUACAAAGCUGGUUGCAGUUUGUGGAAAGCUACCGAAGAUAUAGCCUGACACUGCAGCUGCUUCUGGCUAAAGUGAUUCGCUUUGAACGGUUUGGACGCAGAAGAGUCAUCGUAAAGAAGGGGCACUGUGGCCAGAGUUUCUACUUCAUCUACUUUGGUACUGUUGCUAUUACUGAAGAUGAGGAUGGGAGCAGUGCCUUUACUGAUCCAGAUCCAACUUUGCUUCGUAAAGGUGCUGGAUUUGGAGAAGUUGCUCUUUUAAAGGCCAGGCGGAGAAUUGCUACAGUUGUCUGCAUGGAGGAAACGGAACUAUUGGUGGUGGAUAAAGAGGACUUUUUUGCUAAUAAAUUAGAUGAGGAGCUUCGGAAAGAAUCACAGUAUCGUUUCAGCUUUUUUAAAGGACUAGAUCUCUUUGCAACAUGGCCUAAUUACUUAGUAGAAAAAAUUGCUAAUUACUGCAAAGCUGAGAAUUUUCACUAUGGACAAGUGAUAGUCAAGGACAUCUCAGAGUCAGCCAGCAUAAUAUUUGUUACUAAGGGGAAAUGUGAAGUUUUACGUCUGGUUGAUCUCACUACUUGCCCAUCCUAUCACAAGUGGAUCAGUCAGCAAAUGGAUUUUCCCAAACCCAGUCCACAUUACUCUAUGGAGACUGGCAUCACAGGCAGAAAAAGAUUCAAUAAUUUUAUGUGGAAGUCCUUUCCUGUACAGGAUCUGAGUAAUCUAAAAUCAAUGUAUGUUCUGCCUUUUAAUCAUCAGAAGGAUGAAAAUUUGGAAAAGCAGGAUGUGGCUUUUAAUAGGAAAUAUAAAAAUACACCCAGAAAGCUGGAGAAACAGGACAGAGGUGACAGCAUAAGAUAUGAUGACUUCAGUGAUGAUGAGAGAGAAGUCGUUCAGAAAGAAAUAUUAGGGUUGUUCCAGAAUAAACUAAUUCUUCUCACACCAUAUGGAGAGAUACCCACUGCAGUUGCUACAGCAAUUUACACUAAGGUUGAUGAAGUGCACAAAGGGGAACUCCUGGGGAUAAGCCAGCAUCUUCUACCUGAAGAUAAGCAAGAUAAUCGGAGUAUGGUUUUGGUCAGUCAGGGAGCUGAGGUCAUUCGGUUGAAAAAGGAGAAGUUUGAGAAGUUAGCAGAUCAUAUAACACUAAUGAAAUUACACAAAAAACAGACGACGUAUCCCAGUGACGAUGAGCUGUGUCAAAGCUUUCUGGAACAAAACCACUGGAAAAUAUUCAAGAAAGAUCUGAUGAAUCUUUUACUAGAGCGAAAACUCAUGAUGGCAGGUUCUCAGCAUGUGAAGCCAAAGAAAGAUAUUUAUAGUUCCUGGAGUAUGAACCAAGCAGGUAUUCUAGACCUGACCUCUACCCAUCCUCCUCCUUCAAAAAGCAUUCACCGACAACAGCACAAAUAUGUCCCCAUCCACAUAGGACAGGAAAAGGAUUUUGCAGGUUUGCCAGAUAUUCAGCUAAGGUUGAUUCAUGGCAUUGCUGUACCACGGCCUAGUUUGAAAGGACUGUUCUAACAAGUGUGAGGAAACCAGGUCGGCAUCAACAACACAGAUGCAGCAUGAGAAGCCAAAAAGUGAAACUGCAAACGUUUUUAUUUGAAUUGUACAAAAAUAUGUGAAAAAAGUAGUUUUCCCCCAAUUUCUAUGUAACAAGUGGUUCCUCCAUGGAUUUCUGCUGUGAACUCUGAAGUGAAUUUAUUUUUCACUGUGGUAAUUGCAUUUCUAGUAGCUUUGAGAAGGAAACCCUAUUUUUACUGCUUUGUUUUUCUUUGCAAGAUGGCUAUUUUUAGAUAAGGUUAAGAUUUUUUGUUUAUAUUUGAUCCUAAGA